AUGGACGCUCGCCCACACGCCCUUGUCAAACACCGCCAGAUUAAUGCUAAUGCCAACAUGCAACGCAACCAGGCAGCUAGACCGCCAAGUAGCGAAGUCGUGGUUCUCAAAGGCUCGUAUAAUGAAUAUGCCUCGUGGUUCCUGGGUCGGUUCUCAAAGGCUCGUAUAAUGAAUAUGCCUCGUGGUUCCUGGGUCGUUCUCAAGGCUCGUAUAAUGAAUAUGUCUCGUGGUUCCUGGGUCUGGUUCUCAAAGGCUCGUAUAAUGAAUAUGCCUCGUGGUUCCUGGAAAGAGGAGGAGAAGGUUGUAGUCUGUGUUGCUGGACGUUAUGAGGAUAAAUUUUGCAGCAGAGUUUACCAGGCGUCAAUUCCUGGAGCUUCUCAUCCAUGCAGGCACGAUUACGACUUGGUUGACAACGUGAUCAUUGAGGCUCGUGUUGCUGCCUGUAAACCACCAUAUCCUCUACAGCUGAAUGCUCAAGUGCGAGGUGGUGUGCUGGCGGCAGACGUGAGAGUGUGGUCGCAGCCGGGGGUGGUGGUACCUCCGCCUGACGACUCCGACAUCCAGGACUACGACUAUGAGUACGAGGAGAACACCAACGCCUCUGACGUGAGCGGGCUCAGCGCCAACAACAGCAGCCUGAGAGUGACCCGCCGCCUUAACAACGUGACCAAGGACUCGGGCGAUACCGUCAAGCUCAAGUGCGAGUUCACAGGUGAUCCUUCUCCAACCCGCUUCAAGUGGUACAAGAACGAGGCGCCAGUCAUCGAGAAAGGGCCGCGUCAAUGGUACCGCUUUAAGACAGAUGAGGUGCAUGUAUACGGCACCAAGCUGACCAUCAAGGACCUGGAGAUUCACGACAAAGGUUACUACAAGUGCGAGGCCUCCAACGGCGAGGAGCGAGUCGAGUCUACUGGCAUCCUCAUCGUCAAGCCUGGACAAUGGCGCCGCGUGGACGAGGCUCCGGAAAGCAAGGCCAGCAUCCCUAGUAUGGAGGAUUUAGGCGUACAUUUCCCAAAUUUGCCUGGUGGAAAAACAGAUGUUCUAAAUAUGGAUUUGAGACGAACUAUGACGUUAGUUCUGCUCACUUUGGUGAUACUAGAGGCGGUCGCCGAAAAUGGUGACAAGAAGAAAGGAAGGAGGAUGAAAAAGAAAAUACGGAAGAAGUGGAAAAGUAAGGCCAGACUGGAUUUACCAGGAGAGUUGGCAAGCUGGACUCCUACUACAGAACCUCCAGAUAUAAGAGAAUCGAUACUGGAGGGAAACAGUGUGUAUGGACAGCAGGAGGAGGAUGCUGGUGACAUGGAAUUACCAGGUGUUGUACCAGGCUUACCUGGAGUGGGCAAUAUGCCUAAUAUUGGAGGCUAUCCAGCUGUGAUGCCUCCUACUGGCAGAGAGAAGGAAGGGGGACAAGGAUACUGCCAGGUAUAUAGAGGUGCUACAUGCAGUGGCUUCAUUGCCAAUCGAUCCAUCUACAUUUACUCUGCUCGGCAUUUGGCAGACAUGGAGAAGCGCCUUACAACGGCAAUUACAGUCAUCAGUCACUCUAAUGACCUGUCGGCAAAGUGUGAGGACUAUGCAAUUAAGUCAUUGUGUUACGCUGCACUCCCUCUGUGUAAUGAGAAUUUGCCAGAAGCAGAACCUAGACAGCUUUGUAGAGAAGAAUGUGAGAUCCUGGUAAACGAUGUGUGCAGAAUGGAAUAUGUUAUUGCUAAACAACAUCAACUGAUUGGACAACGGCUGCCAAUUCCUGAAUGUGAGGAGCUUUCACCGAUCACAUCUCCCGAUCAUCUGUCCUGCAUUCGUUUGGGAGUGCAGAGUGAACCCCUUGUUGAGGAUGAAAAGUGCUACUUAGGAAAUGGCGAGACUUACCGUGGAACAGAGAGCCAUACAGUCUUUGGACGAAUUUGUGAGCCUUGGAGUCAGAAUCAACUUUACAUGCGAACAGCUGAAUAUCCAGAACUUAUUGGUGGCCAUAACUACUGCCGUAACCCAGGUGGAGCAGAGACACAACCAUGGUGCUUUGUGGCAACUGAACACUCUGUAUCCAAGGAGGAGUGUGCAGUUCAAAUGUGCAGUGACAACACAUGGGUCUACAUACUGAUUGCAGCCAUUGUAAGUGGCACAGUCUUACUAACAUUGAUCAUUGCCCUCUGUUUGAAACGGAAAGCAAAGUCACCUAAGCAACCUUCACCCAAAGCCAAGACUGUAGAGCUAAAUGCACUCCUUCCUAAGCAGCAGCAGCAGCUGAGGGCCCGAGAGUUUCCAUUAGCCAAUGUUAGGUUCAUGCAGGAACUGGGAGAAGGAGCCUUUGGUAAAGUUUAUAAAGGAGAACUUCAAGGAGUGAGCCCUGAUGGCAACUCUGUACUAGUAGCUAUUAAGACGUUAAAGGAAAAUGCUACUGCUAAGACUCGCCAGGAUUUUCACCGAGAGGUAGAACUCAUGACAGACCUGCGGCACCCGAACAUUGUCUGUCUGCUGGGAGUAGUUAUGAAAGAGGAGCCAAUGUGCAUGUUAUUUGAGCAUAUGUCACAGGGUGAUUUGCAUGAAUUUUUGAUUGCCCAUUCCCCGAGGUCAGAUGUUUCGGCUUGUAGUGAUGAUGGCAUGUCUCAAGUGGUCCUGGAACAACCAGAUAUGCUUGUGAUUGCUACACAAAUUGCUGCGGGUAUGGAAUACCUGGCUAGUCAUCAUUACGUGCACCGUGACCUUGCAUCCCGUAAUUGUCUUGUGGGAGAGAAUCUCACCGUCAAGAUCUCAGACUUUGGACUGUCUCGAGACAUCUAUUCCUCUGAUUAUUACAGAGUUCAGAGCAAAAGUCUCCUACCAGUGAGGUGGAUGCCACCAGAGUCCAUCUUAUAUGGGAAGUUUACCACAGAGUCAGAUGUCUGGAGCUUUGGUGUUGUUCUGUGGGAGAUCUUCAGCUAUGGUCUGCAGCCUUAUUAUGGAUAUAAUAACCAAGAGGUGAUAGAUAUGAUCCGAUCACGCCAUCUUCUGCCAUGUCCUGAAGAUUGUCCACCACGCAUCUAUGCCCUCAUGGUAGAGUGUUGGCAUGAGACUCCUAACAGAAGGCCUACUUUCAGAGAGAUCCAUGGUCGCCUGCGUUCCUGGCAGGGUUUAGAUAAUGGGGGGCUGGUAGGAGCCUUGAGUGGAAGUGUUUCAGGCCACUCAGGUUCUCAACACUCCAGUACUGGCCCCUCCAACAACACUGGCUCAACCAACCUUUCUUCAAAUACUCAUCCUCCUCAUCUCCAUCGGCCAUACCACCCUGGACCACACUAUCCUCCAACUGGGCCUCCUCAUUCACCAGCAUAUUCUGCACCUUAUCAACCAAUUCCACCACCUGGGAUGGUACCUGGAUUGUAUCCACGUCUGUCAGCACCUAUGGGGCACCCACAACCAGUGUACUUGGCCCAACGUAGUAAUGUGAUGGGUGGCUCUCCAGUUACUAUUAGAGUAGCUCAGCCACAGUCUAUGAAUAUGGGAACAGAAACCCAGUUGGCUAAUCUCUGAACAAAUCAAGACAUUUGAAAGUCAGUCAAGAGACUGGGUGAAUAUUUGUGAAUCUCGACAUGUUUCUUGUAUGAAACUAACUUACUAUUGGGAGUCAUACAGUGUGCUAGAAAUUAAUUUUGAGAAUUCUCUGUGAAUAUUUGAAACGAAAUCCUAUGAAUUAAUAUCUGUGAGACUUCCAAAGAAGCUGCAAUAAUAUCUUCACCUUUUCCUGAGUGUUUCAUAGAUUAGAAACUUGAGUGUCAAGAAACUGUUGUGCUAUUGUUUAGAUACUCAUAAAUACAGGAUCUAUUUGUUUACAAAUGUUGUGGAGAGAGAUGACUUGUUACCAUAGUCUUUAAACAGACUUUGAAAAACAUUAGGGAAAGAAAAAUAUUCCUCUGUUUUGUUUCAGCCAUGUCAUGAUACACCGACUCGUAUCUGCCAUUUAAUAAUACGAAUCAGAUAUAUGCAUGAAAAUAUGUUUUUGUGCAACAGAGCUUAAUUUUUUUUACAACCAUUAUGUCUAAAAUGGCUUCAAUUUCACAGUUCAGUGAUUGUCAUACAAUUUUUAGAAUAUCCUCAGAAAUAUUUCUUAGGAGGAGUACUGUAAUUGAUUGAAAGUGUUUAAUUGACUUGACUAAGUGAAAUUCAAAGCAGUCUAAAAAUAUUAAAAUUAAAUGUUGCAUAUCCUACAUAAGACAUUGGAUAAAAUUACAUACUAAAAAUUAUUAUAAAAGAUUGUUUGGGGACUGUUCAAGUUGUGUGCAAAUGUGAGGAGCUUUGUAAAAUGAACUAUUUUUGAUGCCCAUGCUGUUAUGCACUCUUCAUGCUUGACAAUGCUGUCAUCAAGUAACUAAGUCAAUAUAUUUGCUUAAAUGCAUUGAGCUUUAAUGUGAUAUUUUUAUCAAAUUUCUUCAUUUGUUUAAAUUAGCUGGUAAUUCAUUUUCAUUCGUGGUCAAAUGAUAGCCAACAUAGAUAUAGGAUCUUCUUACUUUUUGCUGUUGCAGUAUAUUUUAUCUUUUGGCAUUUAAUCUCAACACUCAUCUCUUAGCACAAUUGCAUUAUACUUUUUGAAAAGCUUGCAAACCAGAAUAUAGUCCGUCAACAAAUUACUGGUCAGUUGUGUACAGCAAACUGUGUUUGGUGUUAUUGUCGUAAGUCAAACCAAGUAAAUUUGUGUCAAGCUUGAUGUGUGAGACCAGAUAGGUAAUUCAACAAGUAUUUGGCUACUCCUCAAGAAUUCCAUGAAUAUUGGCUGUAAGGCAUGGAUGAUAUUAGGGAUUUUCAAAUGGUUUGAUGAAAAAUUAAUUCCUUUGAAAAUCCCUAAAUUGCAUAGUCAAUGGUUAUAUUUAAGUAGAGGCUUUCAAUUGUUUAUAAUUGAUUAUUUUACCCCCCAAAAAAAAAAAAAAUUGCAAGUGAAAUAUAUUAAGGCUAUUGAUUUUCAGAUAAAAAGGUCAGUCUUAGAGUUCAUCUGACUGGUCUUAAAAACUCUAUUAAGAUGUUAAGAAAAUGUAAAUAGGACUGUAGAUUAUGCUAUUUAUAACAAUAACAAAUCAUUUUUAAGAAUACCACAACCAAGUCUUUUUGUACAAGCAAGCAUGUGGUAAAUAUAUAGUAAAAUAAUUGUUUUAUUAUCCUCUUUACCUUUCAAGCUCUAGACAUAAAUAUUGUAUUAAAAUUUCUGUAUGUGGUUGUU